UAAUGAAAUUGCAAAAUUGCAUCCUUAAAACCCAUUUUAACUUACAAGCACUGUUAUUUAAUAUUUUAUAACAUCCAAAAAUACAUAAAGCUUCACACUUUAAAAUGAUAAAUGCAUUAUCAUAUUGCUUAAUAAGGUGGGUUACAUUUUUCUCUUUUAUCAUUUUCCUCAUGAUAUUUUAUUAUAAUUUAUUAUAUUAUAUGAAUUAUAUUGUGUUAUAAUAUCAUAUAAUUAGAUUAUUUACUAAUAAAAUAUGUAUCUGUAGGUUUUUAAUACAUGUGAGUACAAUAAUAAUUUAAGAAAGAAAAAUUUAUAUUAAAUAGAUCAAAUAAUGUAUAUAGUAUAUUUAAAGUAGCCUAAUAAAUCAUUAUGGUGGCACAUGUUUUACAAUUUCUAGGAGAUAUUUUUGUGACCUCAUCUCCACCACCUCCCCCCUUCUCCAUCCCACCUCUAAUUGCCCAAUUCUCCAAGCUUUCUGCCUCUUCUCCCCUUCUCUCUCUCUCUCUCUCUCUCUCACACACACACACACACACACACACACAGACACAGACCCACACACACACACACACUCACACACGAACACCUGCGCAGAGCCGGUGAAUCACGCCGACGCCGCUUCGCUUCGCUCUCAAAUCUCUCAUCCAUCCUGCCAGUCAGAUGGCCUCCAUUUUAAUCAGAAGACUCUCCGCAGUAGAAAGAAGAUUCAUUGCCCUCAUCUGCAGCACGGGAUUGCGUUUCGAUUAAUAUUUCACAAGUUCCUUCGCGCUCUGUGUGGAUUGGCUGGCUCUCUUUUGUUUCCUGGAGGUGAAAUGAUGCUCAAGUGAUGCUGCGUCGUUGUUCCCACCCGCUGUAGAACAACAUCACCAACAUCAUCAGCAGCAUCAUCAUCAACAUCGCCGGUAUGAGUCUGAUCGAAGAGCCCAACAUGAGAGAUUUGGACUAACAGACCCGCAGGGCUGUUGAAGAUCUCAAGUAUUUAAAACGCGGAAGUUAACGUGCUGGAGAAAGCCUCAGUGGCAGAAAUAACACAAAGGCACAAAUGAAACUCUGCAACUGACUAUAAAGAACUGAGAAACAUUGUUACCACACACACACACACACACACAUAUUGACUUAUCACUUAACACACACACAAUGGCACUGGACAACACCGCCUUCUCCUCGUGCCCCGAAUCCCUGUCCCUCCCAGUUCCAGAGAAAGGGGAGGAGCCUGUGGAGGAGGCCCCAAAGGAUGCUCCGCCCAGUGAUGUACAGAACGCAUCUGAGGAGCUGGUAACCACAGAGACGGCCCAGCCCACAGAGCCACCAUCCAAUAACAAAAUGUCCUUCCAGGCCAAGAUGGCUGCAAGGGAGGCGCAGGCCAAUCAACCCAUGAAGAAAGUUCAGGGGGGCGGGCAAGAAUGGAGCAAGUUUGGAUGGGCACGCAACAGGCGUAAGAGGCAGCGCUAUGUGGAGAAAAACGGUCGUUGUAAUGUGCAGCACGGUAAUAUGCGUGAGACGUACCGUUACCUGACGGAUAUCUUCACAACCCUGGUGGAUCUGAACUGGCGCUGCUCUCUGUUUGUCUUUGUCAUGGCGUAUGCAGUGACCUGGCUCUUCUUUGGAGCAAUAUGGUACCUCAUUGCAUACUGCAGGGGUGAUCUGGAUCAUUUGGAGGAUGCAGCAUGGACUCCAUGUGUGAAUAAUGUUAACGGAUUCAUCUCUGCGUUCCUUUUCUCCAUUGAAACGGAGACGACCAUUGGCUACGGUUACCGUGUCAUCACUGACCAGUGUCCAGUGGGCACCAUGUUACUCUUGCUACAAGCCAUCCUGGGAUCUAUGGUCAAUGCAUUCAUGGUUGGUUGUAUGUUUGUGAAGAUCUCCCAGCCGAAUAAGCGUGCCGAGACGUUGGUGUUCUCUCGUAAUGCUGUCAUCUCACUGCGGGAUGACAAGCUCUGUUUGAUGUUCCGCGUUGGGGACUUGAGAUCCUCCCACAUUGUGGGUGCCAACAUGAGAGCCAAACUUAUCAAAUCCAAACAGACACAAGAGGGUGAGUUCAUCCCACUGGAUCAGACGGAUAUCAGUGUGGGUUUUGAGACGGGAGAUGAUCGUCUCUUCCUGGUGUCUCCAUUGGUGAUCUCUCAUGAGAUCGAUGUUCGCUCUCCGUUCUGGGACAUGUCACAUGCUCAGCUGGAGAAAGAGGACUUUGAGAUUGUUGUCAUCUUAGAGGGGAUGGUGGAAGCUACAGGUAUGACCUGUCAGGCGCGGAGCUCCUACCUGGCUGAAGAGCUCUUAUGGGGUCACAGGUUUAGUCCCAUGAUGUUGCUAGCCGAUGGAUUCUUCGACGUGGAUUAUGGGGCCUUUCACCACACAUUUGAGGUGGACACGCCCUCCUGUUCGGCGAGAGAGCUCGCAUUGGCUGCCGCCCGUUUGGAUGCUCAUCUCUAUUGGUCGAUCUCCAGUCGGCUUGAUGAAGAGAAAUGGGAGGAUCCUAAUGUGACUGAACAGACGGGGAAGUCCACUGAUUCAGAAUCUAUCAGGGAGAGAGACGGGCCAACAUUUACUGUUGGCGGAGUUACAAAUACCCAGGACCAAUCCGUUGUAGGGGAGCAGAACGGCAGUGUCGCCACUGACCAGUCAGAGUCUGAGGCUUAAAAGGAUGCAAGAAUGUAAAAGUGAGCUGCCUCGCUGUCUGCUGUCUACAUAGGCACCUACUUUCUAAGGUAUCAUCCUAAGUGAAAUGAAACCUGAGAAGGAUACAUGCAGUGUUGUCAUAAAAUGUGGCCAAAACAAGACAUCUUAAAGGCACAAUAUGUAAGAUUUUUGGAUUAAAAUAUCCAAAAACCACUAAAACAAUGUUAUAUAUUUAGUUUAAAUGUAACAAAAUUCAAGAUCAGGGAAGAAGUCGAACGUUAAAUGUAAUAAAAUUUGCAUAAACAAUAAAAAGCUAAACAGGCCACAGGCUCUGCUUCAUACCGAGGUAAUGUUAAUAAAAUUUUAUGACAUUAGCUCAACCAUGAAUAUGAUUUCUGUCGGAUUGCUUUCCAUUGGCUGUGGAGGUGAAUAUGAAAACUCCCAUCAUUCCACACUCAUUAACGGCAUCGUCAAGCUACGCCUUUGUUGUUGUUUCGAGAAAACGACCUCUAGCGGCAAAACUUACAUAGUGUGACUUUAAUUGAUGUCUUGGUAGGCAACUCACUAGGUUUUGGAACUGAGCUAACAUGUCUGAUUUGUAUUAAUACCAAUCAUUUGGGUAAAUUUAACAGUCUUAAACGUUUCCACUGCCUUUCUUUCAUAAGUGUUCAUCCAGUGUGGUUCUGAGGUACGAGCUGCUACUAUUUUUAAAACAAUCAUUUAAAACAAGCCUGUGCAAGUUGUUUAGAGUCACGUUGGUUAGAUUCACUUGUACCUGCAAAAGAAGUGAACAUGUUACUAUGGAGACAUUAGUCUGCAUUCCAAUUUGCAACAUCACAGCAGAGUUUAGCGUUAGCUUUUUAAGAGUCAGCCAGUGGUAAAUUUAGCACACUCUCGUGACUGCCAACAAGAGUUUAGCCUGGGAAAGUCAUUCGGAUUUUAUUCGUGCCAUUAUGCGAGUGGAUCUAGACGAUAAAUAGAUUAAAUGGAGAUGUUGGAUGCUAUUAGGCUACUGCAUCAUUUCACCAUCCUAAUUAAAUCGAUGUAGAAAUUAACAUCAUCCUGUGAUUGAUCAGCUGUUGCCACCAAAUGUGACUGAAUACACAUUGCUAUUCUUUGUAUUUGUUAUUUAUUUUAUUCAAAUGUGUCCAUAGCAACAAAUAACUCUAUGCUCAGUUACUGCUGCAGAUGAGAUAAGUGAGAGAAACUGAGAGAGAAUUUUUAAAGUGGGCAUUAAAGGCAGGAAAUUAGUUGGUGAAUAUUUCAAACACAUCAACAGGCCAUUUUAACAUAUUAACUAUAUUAGAUAUAGUGCAACAAGGGGGCGUCUUCAAUCAGCUGGUUCAAAUGUCUUCUCAUGCUGGUUUAGACUGGUUUAUAGGUGGUCUUUUUGGUGAAGCUUGUUGACCAAGAAAGUCUUAAUGGUUAAGUUACUCAAAAGUUAAGAUUUUUAAGUUAGCAAUUCUCCAUAUUUUCUCUAAAAGGGAUAGUUCACCCUGAAAUGAAAAUUAAGUCAUCAUUUACUCACCCUGGUGUUGUUCUGAUGCUGUAUGCCCUUCUUUCUUUUAUGGACUUUUAUAUCCCGCUCGUGUUCAUCCAUAUUAUGGCAGUGAAUAGCGACCGGCAUCAAGCUUUUUCAAAAGUAUCACAGAAUGAUCCCAUGUGACACUUGUCGUAUAUUCCAAGUGUUUUGGCGGUACACAAGUUCAAGUUUCAAGUUGAAUUUAUUUGUAAAGCUGCGUAUCAUCGGCAUAGCAAUGAUAAGACACACCAAAUCACCUAAAUAUAGAACCAAUGUACAGUGAAAACAGUAACGAUGCCAAAGUUGAACCCUGAGGGACACCACAUGUAGCAUGCGCUACAGAAGAAGAAUGCUUCCCUAUAUUUACUGAGAAUCUUCUGUUGGACAGGAAGGACCGAAACCAGUCAAGUACAGUGUUAGUACAGUACAGUAUUAUUUAAAGCUGCAGUCCGCAACUUUUUUUGUGUUAAAAAUUUACAAAAAUUAUAUAAUGUUUUUGUCUUAUCCUGAAUCAUUAUGGUACACUUAUAAUAAGUGUUUAUAUUCGGACUAUUUCA